AUGGCGGCGGUACAGCAGCAGCAUGUCAGCGAGGUCGUCGAGUACCUUCAGCUGGCGGGACGGCGCUACCGCGAGCAUAUAGAACUCCUCCGGCAGGAACAGGCAGUGCGAGAUGCCCAGCGUGCGCCGUUCAAGCCUAAAGUAUCUUCGUACGCUCAGCGGAUGGGCAAGACUUCUCUGGAGCGGCAGUCGUCGUCCAUCGGCGCGCGCCUGCACGAGCUUCACCAAAAGAAACUUGCACUACUGGAAGAAGAGGCACAAGAAGAGGCGAAGCGGCGCGCAGCGGCCGAGGCGCAGGACUGCUCAUUCUCUCCAGCCGUCACGGCACGCGCGACGCGGUCUCGUCGAAGCGGGAGUGACGUAACAGUGGCUCUCAUACGAUGGGGAGAGCAGCGUCGCGCCCGCCAAGCCCGGGCACAGGUGGAGGCGACACGCAACGAGCUCAGCAAGGUGUCCGCCACGCCGCACAUCACGGCGUACGCAGAGGAGAAGGCGAGAGCCGAGCGUGGCCGUGUUUUGGUUGAGGUGUCCCUGACUGCCGAGGCUGAGGCACGGCGACAGCGCCGUCGAGCUGCAUUCGAGAAAACGUACCCCGCCUCCUCCAGGGGAAGCACCACCUCAGCAAGACGCUUCUCUCCGUCCAUCUCGGCCUACGCCUCGCGCAUCGAGUUUGAGGAGGAUGUGGUGAGUCGCCUAUAUGAGCGCCACGGCAGUCGCGGCCACUUGGCGCCGCAUCAUCGCCUUUACGACGAGGAGGAUGCCCUCCACUGCACCUUCCAGCCGAAGCUCUCUGCUCAGUCGGUGAAGCUGUCACGACAGUACUACGAAGAGGAGGGCGAGGCGGGCACAGAUCCGUGCGAGCGACUUUUCCGCAACACGCGCCGCACGCCCAAGUACCGGAAGUCGGCGCAGCCGAGCGUCUUCAGCAGACAGCCGGAGAUUAGCCAUGCGUCACGCCGCAUAGUGGAGGAGCGGCGUCGGCAACUGGCGCUGGAUGGCCAACCGAGUGCACUGGGUGACAGUCCGGCUAGCCGCCUGUGCCCGGGUAGCACCAGUGUCGUCGUGACACAUGAGAAAAGGGCCUUCAAGAGGGCUUUGACGGCGCGAGAGGUUGAGGAGCAGACAACGCCGACCUUCACCCCAUCUGUGAGCCCCGUAUCGGAGGAGCUAUGGCGUCAGCGGGUGUCGGCCCUGAAGGCGAGCGGUGUGGCUCGCAGCACCAAGGAGGCGCGGGAGCUACUGUGGCGCAAGGCGGAGAAGCGGAGGGAGGAGGAGGUGCUGACGUUACAGGAACAGCGGCGGCGGCAGGAGGCUGCAGAGUGCACCUUCCGACCCAAGGCUGGACGACCGCCCCAGCGCCGUGCCGGCUACGUGGCGAUGCCCAUCGAAGCACGAACAGCGCUGUGGGCUCAGCAACGUAACCGUCGCCUCGCCGACCUGCGCGCUGAGCUCAACGAGAGUACAGUCGAGGAGUGCUCCUUUCAGCCUCACAUCGAUCCCGUCUUCCCGCUGCCCCGCAGUGACGCCAAACCGGCGUGGGGUGUGGAAGCGUUCCUGGAGCGGCAGGCGGAGGCACGGCGGCAGCGAGAGGAAGCGGAGCAGUGGUGGCGACCGCAAUACGCACGAGCGCCGGUGCCCAAAACCUUAUGUGUGUCUCCUAGGUGCUUGCCGCCCUAUCACGGUGUCAGCCAGUCUUCGCAGCAGAGAAUAGCGAGUGCUUCGCGCAGGAUCGCCUCUGAGGCAGAGGGUGAGGGGGAAGAGGAGGAGUCAUUUGAGCAACACUGGAUCCGUCCGCCAGCGAGCACCUCUUUGACCGCGUCUUCGUUCUCGCGAGUGUCGCAGCAGGACGUGCCUUCGGCAGACUCAUCGCCGGCCAACGUAAUGCGGCAGCCGCCAGGUGUCUUUUUCCCGCACACGACCGACAUCCCGCGCAGAGGGCCGUAUCAGUGGCGCCAAACGACGGCCCCCGGCGGCCCAGAGGCUGCUGUCGACGAGGACGGCGCCAAUUGCACCCCCGCGCCCCUCUCGUGGCGUAAGCCGCUCCGCUACCAACCCGUUUCGGCGACUGCGGCAGGGCCGCGCGCGCGGUCAUUUGCGCUGUGA